AUGCAGACCUCAUCAAUGGCUGCCUCCACUACUUUCUACUACCCAAUCCCCAAAAGUUUCCUUCUUCCUCCUUCCCAUCACAAACGAAACCCUAAUUUCAUCUCUUGCUCCUCCAAACCAAUCUGCUCUCCUUCUCCUCCUUCAUCCUAUUCUCUGCAAACGACAAACCAUCGAAGCCAAAAGCAGAAUCUGCCUUUACCCACGUUUGAAGAUUCGUUUCUUCUUUACCAAUUCAGCUCUCCGACCGAAGACCCUGGAUUCUCUAACCGGAUCUCCGAAGAAUUUGACGCAGAGCAGAUCGAAUUGGGGUUUCCGAGUGUAAAAGACAACAACGGUUUGGUAAUUUCGUCGAACAUGUGGUGGGCAGAUCUGAAAGCGGCUGUUGGGCAACGAAUUAACGUAGAGGGUAUUGUUUCUUCGGUCUCUGUAGUUGUUAGAGAUCGUCAUUUGGUUCUUCCGCAUGUUUCUGUGAAAGAUUUACGGUAUAUUGACUGGGGAGAGCUUAAGAGAAAGGGAUUCAAAGGAGUAGUGUUCGAUAAAGAUAAUACUCUUACUGCUCCUUAUUCUCUAGCGAUUUGGCCACCACUCAGGCCUUCGAUUGAUCGGUGUAAAGCCGUGUUUGCACAUGACAUCGCCGUGUUUAGCAACUCUGCUGGGCUUACUGAGUAUGAUCAUGAUGAUUCGAAAGCUAAGGCAUUGGAGGCUGAAACAGGAAUUAGAGUGUUGAGGCAUAGAGUAAAGAAGCCUGCAGGAACCGCUGAAGAAGUCGAGAAACACUUUGGUUGCGCAUCUUCAGAGCUAAUCAUGGUGGGUGAUAGACCUUUCACAGAUAUUGUUUACGGUAACAGAAACGGAUUUCUAACCGUAUUAACGGAGCCUUUGAGUAGAGCGGAGGAGCCUUUCAUUGUUAGACAGGUGAGAAGGUUAGAGUUGGCCUUGUUGAAACGUUGGUUGAGAAAAGGUUUGAAGCCUGUGGAUCAUAGUUUGGUAUCAGAUGUAACACAGUUUGUUAAGGAUCCAUCAGAUUUGUAA